UAAUGUAAUAAGUAAUUCCAGCACCCAGAGUUUAAGUAACAUAACCAUAUGCAGGCUAAAAACCAGGUACUUCAGGCUUACGUAAGAAGGUGAGUGAAGCAACUUAACCAAACUAUUUAGAGAACUUUGUGCAAAGCAUUUUCAAUACAUUACGCAAAGAUGAAUUAAAGCGUAUCCAAUAAUAGUAAUUUUAUUUAGCAAGAAAUGUUCUAUUUGUUGGUGGAGAUGGAAGAUACUUUAAUAGAUAAGCUAUUUUCUAAAUAAUUCGUUUAGCUUAUGCAAAUGAUAUAAGUGAAGUGCAUGUUGGUUAAGCAGGUUUAAUGUCUACUCCUGCCUCUUCACAUUAUAUUCGUAAAGUAAAUGAAGAAGUUGGAAAUUGCAUUGGAGGAAUAAUUCUCACUGCUUCUCAUAAUCCAGGUGGUAAAGAACAUGGAGAUUUUGGAAUCAAAUUUAAUGUAAGAACAGGUGCUCCUGCUCCAGAAGAUUUUACUGAUUAAAUCUAUACAGUAAUUAUAUUUAUUUAUAUAUAUUAGCAUACAACUAAAAUAAAAGAAUAUUUAACAGUAGAUUAUGAUUUCGAGAAAUAUAUAAAUUUAGAUUAAAUUGGUGUUUACAAAUUUGAAGGCACUAGAUUAGAAAAAUAACAUUUUGAAUUUAAAGUAGUUGAUACAGUUUAAGAUUAUACUUAAUUGAUGUAAAAACUUUUUGAUUUUGAUUUGCUUAAAGGAUUAUUUUCAAAUAAAGGUAAAAUUAAUUUAAUAUUAAAUAAAAAGAUUUUUCAUUUAGAUUUGAUGGAAUGCAUGGUGUUGCUGGACCUUAUGCUAAACAUAUUUUUGGAACUUUAUUAGGAUGUUCAAAGGAAUCUCUAUUAAAUUGUGAUCCAUCAGAAGAUUUUGGAGGUGGUCAUCCAGAUCCAAAUUUAACUUAUGCUCAUGAUUUAGUUGAAUUAUUAGAUAUUCAUAAGAAAAAGGAUAUAAAUACAGUUCCAUAAUUUGGAGCUGCAUGUGAUGGAGAUGCAGAUAGAAAUAUGAUAUUAGGUAAAUAAUUCUUUGUAACACCUUCUGAUUCCUUAGCAAUUUUAGCUGCUAAUGCUAAUUUAAUAUUUAAAAAUGGUUUAUUAGGAGCAGCUAGAUCAAUGCCAACUUCAGGUGCUUUAGAUAAGGUAGCAAAUAAAAAUGGAAUUAAAUUAUUUGAAACACCUACAGGUUGGAAAUUUUUUGGAAAUUUAAUGGAUGCAGGAUUAAUAAAUUUAUGUGGUGAGGAAAGUUUUGGAACAGGAUCUAAUCAUAUUAGAGAAAAAGAUGGAAUUUGGGCAGUUUUAGCAUGGUUGACUAUUUUGGCAUAUAAAAAUAAAGAUUCUGAUCAUUUUGUCACUGUUGAAGAAAUAGUUACUUAAUAUUGGUAAUAAUAUGGUAGAAACUAUUAUUCAAGAUAUGAUUAUGAAUAAGUUGAUUCAGCAGGUGCUAAUAAAAUGAUGGAACAUUUAAAAACAAAAUUCUAAUAUUUUGAAGUAUUUAUUAUAUUUUAAUAUAGUAAUUGAAAGAAGGAAAUAAAGCAGAUAUUUAUGAUUAUGUUGAUCCUGUUGAUCAAUCUGUAUCAAAAAAUCAAGGUGUAAGAUUUGUUUUUGGAGAUGGAUCUAGAAUUGUAUUUAGAUUAAGUGGAACUGGAUCUGUAGGUGCAACUAUUAGAAUCUAUUUUGAAUAAUUUGAAUAAUUGGAUAUUAAACAUGAAACAGCUACUGCAUUAGCCAAUAUUAUUAAACUUGGAUUAGAAAUUAGUGAUAUUGCUUAAUUCACAGGAAGAAAUGAACCAACUGUCAUAACUUGAAC